CUCUCUCUCUGAAAUCAUUUUGAGCUUCGCCGGUUACAGUGGCCAGCACACCAAACAAUGUUUUCAUUCGUACGUGCAGCCGACAAAGUUCACUUUGAUACAAGUCCAAGAAAACACUUGCGGUGCGUCGAAGAACUUAGAACCCUCCCUCGUCGAUACAAGUGGCCCCUCUUUCUUGAAUCCUCUCGUUUCCCAACUUACUACAAUAUAGCCAUACCUCUCGGAAUCGCAUGCAGUCCGUCCUCCCACCAUCCGCCAGUUCUGAGAGAUUGCGCGUUCUCUGCAGAGACUAAGUUUGUAAUGUGUAUUUAAUUGAGAUGUCAAAAGGUGAUGGAAUGGAUAACGCCGGCCGGAGGGACACUCCAUAAAUUUGUCGCAAUGAGUCUUCCUUCUCCCGGUGACUUGGUUCUUCCUGUUAAUCUCCACAUGCACACGCAGACUCACCGGUGAUUCCCUUCACGAUAACCAAAGACGAAGCGAUGAAGAAGCAGCUACAAGACCACAAGUCCUCGAAUCAUAUCAGCUCCCGACUCCCCACUCUGAUCUCAGUUAGCUUUCUCAUUACCUUCGGCUUCUGCUUUGGUUUAGUGUCCAGCCUCUACGUCAGGGUAAGUUUUCCUUCUGCGCAAACCAAACAGAUCUUGUUCCGGUCAUCACCUCCUCGUCCUCCGCCUUCGCCACCCACGCUUUCGCCGCCACGAGUAGUUCAAGAUCGUUCGUUUGUCGGUAAACAAGGCAUCGGACAGAAUGGUUAUGUUAAGCCAAGAAAUUUUAUGCAUGAUAUGGAAGACGAGGAGCUGCUAUGGAGGGCAUCGAUGGUUCCGAGGAUCCGAAAACUCCCCUUCAAGCAUGCGCAAAAGGUUGCCUUCCUGUUCCUCACGAGGGGAAACCUCCCGCUUGCGCCGCUGUGGGAGGAGUUCUUCAAGGGGAACGAGGGGUCGUAUUCCAUCUACGUGCAUACGGAUCCUUCCUUCGAUUGGUCGGUGCCAAAGAGCUCUGUUUUCUACGGGAGAAGAAUCCCCAGUCAGGUGGUGCGAUGGGGAACGAUAAGCAUGUUGGAUGCCGAGCGGCGGCUGUUAGCCAACGCCCUCCUCGACUUCUCAAACCGACGCUUUGUCCUCCUCUCUGAAUCUUGCAUCCCUCUGUUCAACUUCCCCACCGUGUACUCCUACCUCAUCAACUCCACCGAGGUCUUCGUCGAGGUCUACGAUGACCCCGGUCCUAAUGGCAGGGGCAGGUACAAGAGCACAUUGAAACCAGGGAUCGAGUUCAAACAGUGGCGCAAAGGAUCGCAGUGGUUUGCCGUGGACCGUGGACUCGCCAUGGAGAUUGUAUCUGACGAGAAAUACUUUCCAUUGUUCCAGAGAUAUUGCAGGCCUUCGUGCUUGGCGGAUGAACAUUACUUACCGACUCUGAUGAACGUGAGGAGCUUCUGGGGAACGGCAAACAGGAGCUUGACGUGGGCUGAUUGGUCCAAGGGAGGGCCACACCCUGCCAGGAUCGGAAGAAACGAGAUCACGGCCGAGCUGCUGCAGAGGAUGAGGAACGGGAGCGCCUGCAGCUACAAUGGCAGGACUACCAGGAUCUGUUACUUGUUUGGGAGGAAGUUCUUGCCGAAUUCAUUGAACCGGUUGGUGAGAUUGGCUCCGAAACUGAUGGACUUCGGUGGAAGCUGACACAGACAUCAAACCUGUCUGCAAGUUCCUCCAUGGAUUGGCUCGAAAACUGAUGGACUUCGGUGGAAGCUGACACAGACAUCAAACCGGUCUGCAAGUUGCUCCUCGGUCGAGGGGAUUCGCAAGUGAUCUUUCUUGUAGCACGCGAAAUAACGUGAGACACAUGUAAAAAAGAGAAAACAUGAUGCAAUGAUUUAGA